GCUAGAAGCGCGCCGCCCACACUUGUAAUAUGGUUACUAUAGUUACUAUAACACCCGGGAGUUCCGGCAGUCUUACUCAGUCGACGAAGAGCUGCGAACCAUCGGAAUCACCGAGUGAACGAUCGGACGUAAACGGAACAUUCGUGGGCAGAAGUUGUAGCUGAUACAAAAACCGACGGUAAACUUUCACGCAGGUGGCUUCACGCGAAGAUAACGUGCAGGAGGGAUGGAGCCAUCCAAACAGUGUUCCCCGGCAACGGAGAGCGUCCCUAUUUCGGGAAAUGGAUCACAAGACUCCGGGGUUCUCUCAUGGCCGACUGAUGCGAGCGGCCUCUAUAGCUCAAGAUGUGGCAAUAAGUUCUUCUUUAAAAGAUCACUAUAGGCUGGUUGUCAUGGGGUCCUCACGAGUGGGUAAGACGGCCAUUAUUAAGCGUUUCCUGUACCAAUCAUUUACCGCUGAAUAUAAACCUACUGUAGAAGAGCUGCUGACUACAGAAUAUGACGUAAGAGGUGCCAUCCUCAAACUGGAUAUUCUUGACACAAGUGGAAGCUACGAAUUUCCUGCAAUGCGACACCUGGCGAUCAGCUCCGGAGAUGCCUUUGUGCUCGUGUAUUCCAUUGACGAUGCCGACUCCUUUGAAGAGGUGCGUCGCCUCCGAGAUUCGGUGUUGGAGAUUCGGUCAUCGGGCGUCCCUAUUGUAGUAGCCGGCAAUAAAAGUGACCUAGAGGAGAAGAGGUCAGUACGGAAGGAAUUAGCUGAAACCUUAGUAUGUAUAGACUGGGAACACGGUUUCGUCGAAAGCUCGGCGAAGGACAACAUCAACAUCUCCACCAUCUUCAAAGAGUUGUUUCUGCAAGGUCAUCUGGACUGCCCCAAACCUAGCUUUCCACCCUCGAGGGGGCGCAGGAGUUCACUUCCGGUCAACGCCAUUCCUGUGUAUUUUAAAGGAAAACAUUCUCCAAAACGGAGCAGUUGUGCUCUAUCUUGAACUAUCUGGAAAUCAGUGCUGACUCAACUCCUGUUUAAUUCAGUUUGUGUUUUGUUUUAUGUAUAGGUAGAGACUUCUUCGUGCUGUAAAAACGUUGGUUCUUCUUCUUGUUUUCUUAGUGCAAACACAAUGGGAUAUCUACAACAUGUCCACCACGGGGAAUUGAACCCUAGAUUUUUAUCCACAGAGGUAUAAAAAUAUUGGAAAGGUUAAUUAGUUAACACAUAAAUAUAAUUCAGUAUUUUUAUCAUUGUAUUCAAAUAUUUUGUACGUUGUUGGGGAAUUGUUGGAAUAAAAACGAUGGGUGAAGAAUGAAUACAUGCUUUGCAGGUGUCCUUUUUGGGUCACGAGUAAAGUUCAGUGUCACAGUUUAAACAAGUGAAGUCGGUGAGUGUCGUGCCUUGAGUUUAGAUACACACGUGACUUCACGAAGUUGGUGUUUCGAUGGCACGAGUUAGGAGAAUCACGUGACUUCUUUACGUCAGAGCUUGACGUGCUGUGAGUUUAGAUAAACACGUGACUUUACGAAGUUGGUGUUUCGAUGGCACGAGUUAGGAGAAUCACGUGACUUCUUUACGUCAGAGCUUGACGUGCUGUGAGUUUAGAUACACACGUGACUUCACGAAGUUGGUGUUUCGAUGGCACGAGUUAGGAGAAUCACGUGUCUUCUUUACAUCAGAGUUUGACGUGGAGCGACACAAAGAAAAGUUUAGCUUUAUCCAUCAAUUUAUUUAAAAACUUAAAUGUAUUUAAGUGUUUUAUAUGUGAUUAGGUACGCUGUAUAUUUCCAUGAGUCUGGUUCAAUAAAGUUAU